GCGCGUAGUGUUAUUGUUUUGUGAGAAAUAUUAUUAAACUUAACUAAAUCGUACAUUAUUUUCACAAGUUUUAUGUUUCAUUUUAAGUUUACUUCAUAGUUAUUGUUUUUUUAGUGAAAUAUGCCCUUCUCAAGAGCGGUACCGUCUUAUGCAAUGAUCUGCGGGUUGCUGGCUGGCAGCGGCAACGGACGACGACUGUGAAAUAGUUCGUAGUGGUUGUUUGCGUGCCUAGCUACAGCGAGGAAAGGCGCCACGUGUGGACCUGCGUACGCCCGGGGGCGGGCGCUCUGCGCCGCCCCACAACUGCAUAUAUUCCCACCAGAUGGUUUAUUGACCACGGAGCAAGCUAAGCAUCAUGUAGAGCUGAAAUCGCAUAUCAUUGCGCCGGACCCAUUUGUGUCAGACGAUCGUUUCAAUGAGGUUUCACCGGUACAACCAACUGUUAUGAACAAGACUGUAGAAGAAAACAUGAUGAAUCCGGGGUCAGAUGAACCAUCGUCUGGAUUAAAUGGAAGGCUUAGGCCCAGGAAGUCGAACAUUCCCAGUCCGCAUCUUACCAAACUCGUCCGAAAGUCUGAAGGAAGAAGUAGCCAAGAAAGGGCUAAGCGAACUAGUGCCGCAUCCAAAACGCCGCCAAAUAAAACAGAUGAUCUCGCAACUAAGUCUGAUUCUAUACUUUUAUGUCCAUACUGCGACAAAAAUUUUGCUUCUAAACAAACCUUGUCCAAACAUGUGCGGCGAAUGCAUGCAGCUAGUUCGAAGCAGGACAGCAUCGCCUGUCUGUUUUGUGGCCACUACGAGGCCGAAGCGAAUGACAUUAUUCGCCACAUGGCGGAAACCCAUCCCCAACAAUACUUUGCUUGUCUGAACUGCCAUACUCGAUUUUCCACCACAGUCGAACUUGCUGAACAUAAAAACAAAUCGUGCGAAACUAAGUUACCUUACCGCAGCAGGCUUCGCCAGAAAGUUUCAACGUCAGUAAAAGAAACGCACAAAGAUGAAUAUGGAAAUGACAGUAAAGUUUUUACUGACGGACACAGCUUUAAUGGAGUCGUGAUUUCUUGUGAACUAAAACCGGCUGUAGUAAGCGAUGGUGCUGAUAUUGAAGAUAAUAUAACAACGAAUUUAAUUUUGCCUCCGAGCAAAAGUCUAGGUAGUAGUACGAUAAUAGAGAAGAGUGCUGUUAUCGUGUUAGACGACAUCCAGUGGAAUAAGCGUAUCCCGCCAAAUUUCUCGUUUCAUAACACUGAUGCCGACCAGAUUCUGUCGCGGCUAGGUGUCGUGCACCGUUCGCCUAGAACUGGUGAGUCCACUAAAAAAGAUUGGAAAAACUUGGAUGAAACGACACAAAAGUUCGAAAAAUGUUUCGACACUAGUUUUUACUCCAAAGUGGCAAGUAACGUCCAGGAAAACUUGAGCAAAUUUUUAGACGGAUCUUUCAAUUUCAAUCCUGAUCCAGACAGUACUAUUAAAACUAGAAAGUCAAAAAACAGUGUUGUCAUAAAUACUGCCGAAGGAUUUCCUAUACUCCUUGCAAGUGAGCAAUAUUCACGUAACGCAUUUGAUCGAUAUAUGCCCAGGGCGAUUGCUCCUAAACACAAGUGGAAAUGGGACAAUUUGGAAAGCGAUAAAGGUCCUAUAAAUCCCGACCAAAUCAAGCGCGACUCGCACACAAACAAUUGCAUUAUAUCUUUGGUCUCCAGUUUAGAUAUUUGGACCCAACUACGUAUGCGAAGAAAAUUUGAAGAGAAAUUUGGCUGUCCACCCCUAGAAAAAAAGACUGAAAAGCAAACAAUUAUAAGUAACGAGCUGAAAGAUAUACUCGAAAGCAGGGAACUUCCUACUCCGUCAUCGCAAGUGAUGAAAAUAACAAAAAAAGCAGCUGAAAGCAAGGGGCGGGGCGAUUUUCCCUUGUCGCUGGGGCUUACACCUUCGACCUCCACGUACGAGCUGCCGCCGGCCGUGCUGAGCGGCGAGUGGGUGCGCCCGCGCUGCUACGUGUGCUGCGCUUGUGGCGCGCAGAGCAGCGACUCACGCGCCGUCUCCGCGCACGUCUCUACGCACCAUCCCAACGCCCAAGUACAGCAUUAUGAAAUUGUUGGGGAGCAGCUGUUGAACGCCGACAUAUUGAAGCAUCUCUAUGUGCCGCCUAGUCAGAUGUGCAAUCGGACGCGCCCACCUCGGGGUUUCAGAGAGUGUACCAAAUGUAGAAAAUCCAUUACGCUCGAGGAUCUGCACCAGCACAUGUUGGACUGUGCCGGAGACACUCCAGCCGUGCGCAGGAAAUGUCGAUAUAGGCCUUUCGGAGUACGACGUCGCCGCCCGCGUCUGCCCGAUAACACCAUAAGAAAAAAGAUUCGUAAGGAUAUUCGAACCAGACAGACGAGGCCGAAGACCAUUAUAAGACCUCGACCUAUUAGAACCGAAGUUGGAGACGCCGAAACAAUCAGAAAAAUGAUAGCAGACUUGCCUGCGAAGCGUCACCGGGUACUUGUAAAUCCAACUAAUCCAUCUUUACGGCCUCGCAUCAAACAAAGACCAAAAAUUUUAAUGAAGAGACGCCAGUCUGAUGAUCGCAGCAAACGUCUAAAACGAAACAAGGAAAGUAGUCAAACCCGCCCGAGACCGGGUACACCCCUUAAUGACGCCACCUCGACCAAAAGCGACGAAGAUAACAAACCAUUAAAACCUAAAAUGAGACGUGUGGCGAGCAAGACUCAACGACGCUCCGAACCAGAAAAGAGAAAAACUACAGUGCUCACCAGAGCAAAACGUCUCAAACGCCAAGUGAAAAAAGUAUCAAAAAACGAUUUUCCUAUAGACGCAACCAAUUCUGCUUGCAGUUCAAAAACUGUUAUGACAGAGGGCAUCUCGUUUGAAAAGGCCCCACAAAGAAUCGAUGUUAAUAAAGACGAAUUUAAGACAAGAGAACAUGCGGGGCAAGGUCAAGGAAACUCAAACAACCGAGGCGGGCAGCGAGCAGGGAACAGUAGUCAAAACGGUAAUUCAAGGAACCGCUGUGCCCCAGCUUCAAACGUCCCGCUUAAACAUUCAAUAGCUCGCCUGACGGCAGAUUCGGAAAAACAUGACAAGUCUGUGCAAUUUCACCAGCUCUUUCUAAUCCAGCAAGAGUGUAACAAUGUUAAUCAACAUGUGCAGUCAGGUCAACAACUACUAUUUGAAAACGAAGCGGCUGUUCUCACUUUGGAUAAACCCCCUUUACACUACAACACUAAAGGGGCACUUGAUGCUCUUCAAAAGAAUAAAUUGAACAAGCCUAGAAAGGGACUUAAUGCUUGCAUUGCAAUGCUGAAGAAUAAAUUAGUUGAGCCCGCUGCUGAAUCCACUAUACCUGCGGGGCAUGUUUCUGUGCAAUGUGGUGAUGACGAACCACUCUAUACAAAACCACCUACUCCAAAGCUGUCUACUGCCACUUUAGUGAGUGAUGUUGAAACGGUGUCAACUAUUAAAACUAGUCAAAAUAAAAGUGUUUCACCUGUACAGGAAGUAGAGACGCUUCAAUUCAAACAUGAGUUAAAAAAUAUUAAUGUUGAGGUUUCGGGUGUGAUGCCAGUUCAAACGCUCAACCAUGGUUCAAAAAGCAUAGAAGACAAUAUGAAAAAUAUAGAUCAGACAACAUCGCAGAAAAAAUGUGAAGUCCCAAUAUCAGACAAACAACUUCCGGCAAAAGCUUUGCCUAGUCGCCGAAAAUCUCAAGUCAAUGAGGUUAGAACGAUGGAACUACCUUCUCAACAUGUUCCAAUACCUCAAGUGAAUGCAGAAAAAGGCCGCACUGCUCCUGAAACCAUGGUUUCCCUUGAAGUAGUCCCCGUGGCAGCUAAAGGAAAGGUUCAGGAAAGCUCUAAGCCCCUUAUAGAUAAAAGUGAUUCAAAUACGUGGCCAAACACAGCUACCAACACUGGUACAGAUAAGCAAAUCACAAAUGAAGAAAUAUCAUCUUCAGUACAAACGUGUGGUACCCCAAGUAAUCUGUCUUUUGAAGAAAAUAAAAUGUUACCUGACCUUGCUAAGCCAAUUAUGUCUAAUCAUCGAAACACAAACGAGAAGGAACUAACUAUAAAGGAACAUAGUAAUGUAUAUUACGGGAAUUGUUUGAAUCUCCAACAGCAAACCGAUCAACCUUCAGAUUCUGAAUACGGUCGCAAUGUGACUGUUGAGAACUUUUCUAGUGCAGAGUUUAACCAUGUACCGGUUAACAAUCGACCCGCACACGCCAGUACUCACGUUGAGUCUAUUGUUUCGAUUCCACUUGAUUUAUCAGGAAAACCGAGCAACAUUAAUGCCUCGCAAGAUUUGUCAAACACUCAAAACACUUACUUGAUAGGCACGACUUAUGAUACUUACGAAACUUUAGAUUUAUCGAAUAAGAGCCAAGACUUGGACUAUACAGGGCAGACAAUUUCUUUACCUAGUGACGAAAUAGUUGAUUUGAGCUUAAAGACUUCACAGUUAAAGUCAGUUGAUAGUGAGAUUUUAAGUAAAGAUGACGUCACCGAUCUGUCUCUCAAAAGUUGUCUCGAUAUUCCAACAGAUCUUACAAUUAAGAAGAAAGUAACGGAUUCCACAAAACCUUUUGUGGCCAUGUCAAAACUCCUAACGACUCGAGAAUCUGCCCCGAAAAAAGAGAUACGCGCCGAUAAAGCUGUGAAGCCUCAAAUUGUUGACAAAAUUUCUCAGUUGCCCCUUGCAGACCUUAAUAUGAAAGAUAAAAAACAUAGUUGCAUAAAUUUGACUACAGCAAAUGAAAAUGCUAUCAUAGCAGAUGACGUACCACCUUCAAAAACAGAUAAUUAUAUGAAUACUACACUACGUACAGAACUCUCUUUAGAGAAAGUUCAUGAGAAUGUACCAUCUGAUUUAUCACACCAGCAGAGAUUUGAAGAUACUUUAAUAGGGUCCACUGGAAAACAACAUAUUUCUGAAUCUUCUAGUAAAAAAGAAUGUGAUGCUGACAAAAACCAAGAAAACAAUUUUCACGGGCUUCCAGGAACUUCUGAUAGAACAUUUCAAAUGCAAAAACCUAUUUACGAUCCCACCUUAAGAAUACCGCAAUAUAAGAUUAGGGUUGCAGGCUCUAGUGAUAAUACUCCCAAGAAAGACAUAUCUCCUAUUAAUAUGAAGUCACCUCCAACUUUCCCGUUGGUUACUAAUUACUCUGACGUAACCCAAAAUUAUGCCCAAAGUGUGCUUACCACAACAUCAGACGGAAGAUCGUCCCUUGGCAUUCCAGAGAAAUUACCAUUUACCUUUACCUCGCCCAGUUUAAAUACUGGUAAUAUAUACGCUAUAACAAACGCAGGAAUUACAUCGCAUAUGAAUAAGUUUGAGAGUACUACACCCGUGUACACAUUAGCUAAAGCAUGCAUUUCUGUUACCAAAAUUGAAUCUACUAUUUCGACAACGUUGACAAACUCUUUGUUGAGUAUACCUGGAACUACAAUAGCAAAUACUACACCCGUUUAUACGUUGGCUGGAACUACUAUCGGUAUACAAGGAAAUUAUUCUCACUUAGUAUCUGCGGUUCCUGCUAAUUCAUCAAACCAGAAAAAUGAUGAAGUAAUGCCUCCUGGGACCAGCAGUAAGACAUAUGAAAAAGAUUUGGAAAUUCGUAACGAGAAAGUUAUCAGUACAAAUGUAUUAUCAAAUGCGGACCAAGAUCCUGAAACAGCCAGAAAAAUUGCUCUUUUACCUAAAGAAUUGGUUGACGUUUUAGGCAACAUGCCCGUAGACCACCGAAACAGAUUACUUAAUAUUUUGCCUCAGUACGUGUCAACGUCUACCUCAGAUAGUAGCCUAAAAAGCGAACUUUCUAAUCAGUCUGAAUCUACUAGCAAGUUGACUACAUUAUCAGAGCCGAAUGAAAACAAGCUAUCCAGAGUACUAAAAAAUAACCAAGAAUCGGAAUCAAAAACGACUUCCCUUCUUCAUUCGUCUAAUUCUGGUAAACCUUCAAACAUUGAGAGCGUUGCAUUACGGCCGUCUUUAGAGCACCCUGCACUUAAUCGAUCGCUUUCUUCGGAUGACAAUGUAGUUUCGGAUGAAUCUUACACUAUACAAGCACAUAAUAUUUCAAAAGAUGAACCUCAAAAUGAAGGAAUUAUAAAAUCGGACACAUUGCCAGAAAUUUCUUUGACUGCUUCGACGAAUAGGUUGUCCAUUAGCCAUAGUGUAUCGGUGGAUAAGAUAAUAGAUUUGACAGAGGAUGAAGCUGUGUCACGCACAGAAAUACAUAACGAACCUAUUGUAGAACUGCCAGCGCAGAUAUCCUUACCAGUACAGCCCAAACGUAACAAAAGCAACAACGACCAAACGGCUAGUCUAAGAGCAGUCCGGAUCAAAGCUCCAUCUGCAAGACAAAGAUCAAUUGACAGCCAACUGCCAAAGUAUACAUCUAUGGCACCUAUAUUAACUAGUAAAAUCAACAGCAAUGAACAGGACAACGAGGUCGAGAAGUCUUUGCAUGUUAAUGUCUCACUAAAUACUGACAUAUCUCUAGCCAUUCAACAAGCAGAAGUUAGCAGCACUCAACACAGUAACAAAAAUGUAGCUGCUGAAUGCAAAUUCCCAUCUGUAACUUCGCCAAAUGUGCAGGAAUCCAGUUUGGAUGAAACAAAUAGUUGCACUAGAAGACUAUCAACCGCCUCUAAAGACGAAAAUAUAAAAAUUGACGAUGUACAAAAUAUAACAUCAGUUGUUAAAACAACUCUUGUUACGUCGUCAGUGUUGAACAGCGAAUUUAAGAAGGAUCCGCCCCAAGUUACUAACGAAUAUAUUUCACAUAAGAGUGAUAUCUCUGAUACUAAAUAUGUACACAGUAUCAAACCUAUAUCCUCAGAAAAUAACGAUUUAUACAAAAACAGUGAAGCUAUUACCAAACCUACCUUAGAUAUUUCUGAAUUGUAUGGCUUGCCAGUUAAUUGCUCUACACCAAUGACUGGAAAAGUUAAAGAAACUUUGGUCACUUCGCCGGAACGUCGCUUAUCAGUCAUUACAAGUGAAGGUCAAGAAGAUUCCGAUGACGACUUGUCAUUGGCGGUAAUUUGUAAGCAAAAACGAAAAAAUAUUCUCAGAAUAGAUGAAAUUAAAGAUUUAAAUAAUUCGAAGAAAGAUGACAAUAAUACACCAAAGAAAAAGGGCAAGAAAAGUAAAAAAAACGAAAAGAAUAUACUUAUAGCGCGUGACUCAACAGGGAGUAACAAUAAUAGUGUAAUAUCAGUUAGCCUGGAUAAUGAUAAACCAAAAUCCUUUAUAGAUAUGGAAAGUGAACAACACCCAACAAAGGCAACUCUCGGGGAAAGCCUCAAACAGAAAAACCGCAAAAUGCGCCGUAAAACUAUAGCAAAAAAUACGGAAUCCGAUACAAAUGACGCAGAACCGAAGUCAGAUAUGGACAGCGUUGCGGUUUAUAACAAGGACGAUGAAGUCCGAUUUGGUGGUAGCGUUGUAGAAGAUCAAAGCUGUAAGCUUAACGAUGAUAGUAAACAGUAUAUUACUUCAUCAAGAAAACGAUCAAAAGUAAACGAUGAUAUCAUCAUAAAAGAUGUUGUCAAUGCUGACAUGAUGCAAGAAAAUAGUGAUGUAUCUAAAACUAAAGCAUCACCUGUAAGACAAAAGAAUAAGAAAAAGAAAAGAAGUCCGACAUCACAACCAGACAGUAUAACUGGUAGUAAUCAUGAUGAAAAGAAGAACGAAGCAACCGAAGCCAUCAGUAAUAAUGAGAAAGGUGACUCAAAUUUGUCGGUUCCCACAAAUACAAAAGAACUUGAGUCAAUAGCUUGUCUGGAGGACACUUCACGCUCAAUUGUAUCAAGUAACAUGGAUAAAAUUAAUCUUCCUGCAGUUGUCAUUCCUUUGACGUCUUGUUCUAGCCUCGCAGAAGCGACGAUCAUGACAACUCCAUUGCGGCGCAGCAGAAGAGUAAGAUCACGUAAUAAUUCAGUUACAGGGGAGGAGUUGCAUGUUGACACAGUGCAGGAAAAUAGAACUCCCCUGACAAAGAAGCAAUUAAUUUUUUCCAAAUUAUUAUUAGAUGAGGAAAAACUAUUAGAUGAAGAAAAAAUAUUAGACGAGGAAAAAAAAUUGAAAUCUCCUGAAACUGAUAACGUUGACGGCGAUAAACGCUCCUCUGUUGAGAACGACGAUAAUUUAAGAAAAUCUACUUCCGAGGUUGAUACAAGUAAUGUGAUCGAGGAUAACGUUACACAUAGUAAUGACAAAGAGAAAAUCAAAUCCGUCAAGCGUAAAAAGUCCGCUAACAUAAAACGCAGAGUUAAGAAGAAGAAGCCUACUAAUACUCAAUUUAGUUGCGAUGAAGAUGAAGUUGAAAGUACUGAUAACACUAUGAAAGACCAGACUAAAGAUUGUACUACAAUAUCAAACGAAAGACAAAAGCCUUGUGAAACACUUGAUCGUUCUCUUGAAGAAUCUAAUAUGUGCGUCGCUUCCACUUCUGAUGCAGGCUCUUUAACAUCACCAAUCGAAAAACAGACUGAAGUAGACUCAGCGCUAUCUAUUGAAAAACGCAAAAGUGGUGAUUUGCCUCUCGUCGAACUGUUAUCAAGUUCACAGCCUAAAAAAAUUAAACUGAAUGCCACCGAAGACGUUUCAGAUGUGCAGUGUGUCAUAAAUGAAGAUCAGUCACCAUUUGCGAAAGAGCCUUUAAGUCCAUCACAUAGCAUGAGCAAUACAAAUAAUACUGUAGAUGGUAAUAUUAGUAAUUCCAAGAAUGUGAUUGAAGAAGCUGAUACAAUUCCUAAUAAGGAUGAAGAAAAACAAUUAGGUCCUAAAAGUAAUGAAAAUAGUUCUCGUCCAAAAACAUGUUACAACAUGCCGGCCGCUGGCAGACGAACGCGGUCAAAGUCCGCUGUUAUUAAGUCAGUGGUUUAUGAUCCAUACGAUAUUGACCUGGACGAUAUGAUUGAACACGCAGAGCCGUUGCGACAACUUAAAACAAGCACUGAAUACAGAUCGUCAAUAAAUGCUAAGCCAUCUACCUGCUCUAAAGAAGCUAAAAGCGUUAAGGAUUGUGAAGAAUAUAGUAAAAAGAUUGAAUUUAGUACGAAAAAUGAUGAAAGCGAUUCUGACGACUCGUCGAAAAGUGACGUGCCAUUGAAAAAAUAUGUAGAAGAAAAGGAAAAAUCCAUUUUAAACCACAAAAAUAACGUUGAAAAUGAACUUGACAGUGAUUUGAAGUUAAGUAAAAAGAACUCUAUUAGUGAUAAGAAGAACCGACGUACCCUUGGUGUUUGUAAUACUGAAGAAGGGAUAGCUCAAGAUGAAACAGAACAAGAACUACGGUCGGAACAAUUUAUGGAAAGUUUUGGAUUCUUUUCAGAAAGGAAACCUCGGAAGUCGAAUUUAUUAGCGACUAAAAAGAUAUCAGAAACAUUUCAUAUUAUUGCUAACGAUGAAUUGAAACGUAAAGAGAAAAAUGCUAAGAAAGAGCGAAACACGCAAAAUGAAAACAGAAAAUCUGUCGAUAGAGACAACAAUUCAAAAGGUACAAAGCAAAUCGUAUCUAAGAAAACUGUCAAAAGGGGUCGAAAGAAAAAAUUCGACUACCGUCACUACACCGAUUUCUUGCAAUAUAUGUAAGAAAGAUUUCAAUC